AUGAAAGUCUACUUCGAAGUGUCCUUCCCUUAUGACGAGGGCUCCGUUACCGACGAUGAUUUCUUGUACAGUCUUUUCAUUGCUCAUCAGUGGCUAGUGGACAGUGUUCAGUUGAUGACUCAGUUUACCACUGCUUUGCAGGAGGCCAAGAAUGUCACUGCUAGAACUCGCUUGAGUUUGGCCGUGGUUUACUGGAUACGACGGUUUCCUCAUCACUUCGAUGGCCAUCCACAACUGUGCUCGCUGACGGUUCGAUUUCGGGCCCUAGCGGAUGAUGUUCCGGAUGAGACAAGGCAAAUGAUCGACGUAUCCAACCUGCCAUCUUAUGCAUGGAUGAGAGCGCUGUCAGUACGACAACCUGUUGCUCGACAAGUAUCGUUGUCUUUCGAGCAGUGGAGUCCUGAAGACAUCUCAACGUCGCUGUCACACAUUGACUAUAAAGUGCUUAGCAGGAUUACUAUUGCCGAGCUGAAGCAAUACGUCAAGGACGGGUCACCUGCGAAGACGCCAAUGUUGGAGAGGUCGAUUUCUGUAUUUAAUAACCUCUCAAACUGGGUACAAAUCAUGGUAUUGAGCAAAACUACGCCAAAGGAGAGAGCUGCCAUUGUUACUAAAUUUGUCAAUGUAGGAAAACAUUUACGAAAAUUAUGCAAUUUUAACACUUUAAUGGCUGUGAUUGGUGGAAUUACACAUAGUAAUAUCUCGCGGCUGUCCAAAACUAGUUCACAACUGACACCACAAACGAAAAAGGACCUUAGCCAACUUACAAAUCUGUUGUCAAUUCAGUCAAACUUUACGGAGUACAGAAAGGCACUUGCAUCAAUAGGGACACAUUUUAGAAUUCCGAUUAUAGGCGUUCAUUUGAAGGAUCUCGUUGCUGCCACAUGUUGCUCUUCGGACAUUGAAAAAACCAAAACCAUCAGCAUUCGAAGACUCCAUCGUCUCGCUACCUUGCUUUCACAUUUCAUGAUAUUCAAUCAGCGACAACAUAACUUUCCGGAGGCAAACCUGGACCUAAUAAACACCUUGAAGGUAUCGCUAGACAUUCGUUACAACGAAGAGGACAUCUAUGAGUUGUCGUUACGACGGGAACCGCGCACAUUUAUGACGUUCGAGCCAUCAACACCAGUCGUAUUUGCCGAAUGGGCUUCGGGUGUAUCAGCUACUCUAGAUCCAGAAACAGUAAACAAACACGUGACUGCAAUGGUCGAUGCAGUUUUCAAACACUAUGACCACGAUAGGGACGGAUAUAUCAGUCAAGCAGAAUUUCGACAAAUCUCAGGAAAUUUUCCAUUUAUCGAUCCAUUUGGCGCUAUCGAUUUGGACAGAGAUGGACAAAUAUCACGUGAAGAGCUGCGAACUUAUUUCGUGAAAGCCAACAAUGAUUCCGUAGACUUUCGCCUCGGAUUCAAGCACAAUUUCCACGAGACGACGUUUCUUACGCCAACGACGUGCGGUCAUUGCGGUCGUCUGCUUUGGGGACUGAUACGUCAAGGAUGGAAAUGCAAGGACUGCGGUCUGGCGGUGCAUUGCGACUGUAAAGCAAAUGCGGUUGCGGAAUGUCGGCGUAGAUCGUCAUCGAUAGUGGAGUGGAUCACUCCAAGAAGUGAUGGAUCCAAGAACAGAUUUUCGAUGUCCAAGAAAAGCUCCCGUCCACGAACGGUUUCCACAAUAUCAUCUUCGCCAUCACCGGAACCUGGUCCGCUUCCGGGAAGCAGCCACACAGGAGAGAAGUUAGGAUGUCUAAAUAAACUUCAUCUGCCAUCAAUUCGAGGAAAUAGACCACACUCAGAAAGCACGGAAUGCUAUAAAUCCUACAGUUUUUCACCUGACGAUGAACGCUGCCUGGCCAGCCUCGCAUGCGAGGAAGUGUUCGACGACGACUCGAGCAGUGCCUACGAAAACGGAACCUGAACUGCCAUGCGACCCAUGGUUUAGACAUACUUCUCCGGCAAACGGACUGUCGCCGACUGGCUAAAGCGGCGUCGAGCAAUGAGGCAGUCAAGCCCAGGAAAUUGAGAAGAUCUACCAGAUUUCAAAGGAAGCUCAAGACUACGAUUUACCAGUGCUUGUGGAGAAUUUUGACCUUCUGCCACAUCUAAUUGAUCCACUUGCCUUGCUUUGUUUUCAGCCACGGCUAUCUUUCGCCUGAUUUGCUGUUUUGAAUUUAUUUUGCUCACUCAGAAAAGCGCUUCUAGGGUCAAAUUGAUUGAAAACGCGUUACUAGACGUUUUCAAUACGUCUGCAUUCCAGCUGUUAUAUGCUUGUUUGCGCAAUUUACUUAUACAUAACGAAGAAAUAUUUUCGGGUCGACUUACAAAGGUCAUCACACCUGUCUUGUUAUAAUUCGCCUUCAUGAGGUUUGCUGUCAUUCAUGCCAUGAAAAUUCAGCAAUAUCAUAAUUAUUUUGUAAGCAGUUUACUGUUGGGUUAAGAUGAUCUCGACCUGCAGAUUUCCAUAAAGUAUUUGGU